GCCUCUUGAGGGAGAGGAAAUGGCGGGGGCUGAGGAGAGUGAUGAGGAGUUGCCGGCUUUUGCCACUCUGCUGCAGCCGCUGCCGGCAGCUGGCGGAACAGCCCCCCCGCGGGUCUCGUCUCCCCCUCUGAGACGAGGAAGCGGUGUUGUGGUGCUGAGCAGCGAUAGUGAGGAUGAGGUAGAGAUCGUUCCCCUGUCUGAGAGGGUCAGGAGGAGGCUGCCGCCCGGCGGGCCGCCGGCGAGGGCUUCGGGUCCGGGGCCUCCCCUGGCGGGUGGCGGGGAUGCGGCUGAGAGAGAUGGCCUUUGUCACAGCAACGAGUGGCUGGCGGCUGGCUGCAGGGAACGGGCUCUUCCGAAAGCCGCGGUGUUACCCGAGGGAGGACCUUCCAUUAGCUCGGGUAAUGCGUCUGGUUCUGGCGGGCCCUCGAUCCCGCCAGCCGCCCCUCUGAGUGAGCGUACAGCCCGGCCUGAGGGGCCUCUGGAAAGUGGACAAAAUGCAGAAGAUUCUCCCCCUCCAAAGAAGUCAAAGUACAGCCAGGAGGAAAGGGAGGCGAUUUGCCAGGCAGCCUGGCAGAGGAGAAAGGACCGGGAAGCGCGGAAAAGGCAGCAGGGGGAGGAAAAAGAAAGAAAGAAAAACCUCGCCAAAGUGCUGAAAGCUCAGCGGCCGGGGGAGUGCCAGAAAUACAUCACUGUGGUGCUGGAUCCAGUUCUCUUACAGGUAGAAGGUGGUGCGCAGAUCCACGCUGCUUUGCAGUCUGCAAAUUAUUCCUGUGUGGUUGAGAGUCAGGCUGUUCCCUGCAGCAUUACCUGGAGGAGGAAGUCAGUUUUGUCUCAGGUGCGGGGACAAAAUCUUGAUUGUCUUGCCCUUUUCUUCCCACGUUGUUUGCACUUGAUAGCUGAGGAUGGUAACGAAUGGACAGAAGAGCCAAAUCUCCUGGUUCUGCUUGGCUUGGAAGAGUUCUUGUCCAUGGUUCGUAGCUACAAGCAAAAGGCCCAAGGCUGUGCAGAACAGAAGGAGACCUUGCAGAGCUUUGUAGCUUGUGUGAUGGAGAAAAUGCCUGGGAAAAUUCUGGCUCUAACGGUUGUUGAAGUAGAAAAAUAUUUCAGAUGUCUCAGAGCUCAGUCAAAAAAGAGACUGCAACAUGCAACAGUGAAUAGAAGCCAGGCAGAAGAUAGGGGAGAUCAGAGGAAGAAACAAGUCAUGGAUCCUGGCCGGGAGAUAACCAGACUAGAUGUGGAAGAUGCCUUGGUGGAUUUGCAACUCUGCACACGUGUCCAAGUCACUUUUUUUGAGAGCUGGGAGGAACUUGGAGAGUUUGCCACUAUGUUUACAAAAGCUGUAGCUGAAGCACCAUUCAAACGAGAGCAGCAGAAUACAGGAUUCUCUUUCUACUUAGAGAACAAGUGGUGCAGAGGUGUGAAAGUGGAUCAUUCUGGAAAGGGUCUCUUUGAAGUUUGGAAGAGGCAGAUACAACAAUUUAACCGGGUCAGUGGGGAGAUGGCUGAGGCUGUUGUAUCUGCAUACCCUUCUCCUCAGCUUCUACUCCAGGCCUACAGUAGAUGCUCCUCAGAGCAGGAGCGGGAAAACAUGCUGGCUAACAUCCCUGUGCGCCGCGGUACCGGUGUGACAGCCACCUACCGCCGGGUUGGACCGGAUCUUUCCAGACGAAUCUAUCUGCAGAUGACUUCCCACGAUCCUGAUCUGUAUUUGGAUGUCACUGGAUAGCCCAAAUGAAUGAGGAUCUUAUGGUUUCUCCGGCUGUAUUCAUCUUUCUUCUGGGAAAAAGCGCUUGGAUGACAAAUGGACUCCUCAGUCGCAGCUUAAAGACUUGAAGCACUUACAGUCUUUAUCGUGGUAGAAGGAAAUUGGAUCAAAUUGCUGAAUGGCUGGCGUUUACACGAGAAAGAUGUUGAAUGUCUUCCAUAACAGCGUGAACUGGACAUGCCUUACAGUACUGGCGGUGCUUUUCUUAUUUGUCAAGAGUUCUUCCAAGGGAAUAAAUCAUUUUCUAUAGUAACAUUAA